CUGAAUAAAAAAUUUCAAUGGUUUCAUUUUAAUGUGAUUCUAAUUAUUAACCCCUUUUUCGACACUCACUCACUGUUGACUUGAAACGAAAAGCUAUCGAAAAGGAUCGGAAAACAAGUAAUAAGUUAAGAAAUAUAUAUUAUAAACGUGAAUAAUUUUAGAAAACAGUGGAAUAAGUGAAAAAUCUGCGAUGGAAAAGCGAAUUUUGUUGGAAAAACGAGGCCGUGAAGCCAAUCAGAUCAAAGAGCUCAAUUUGGAUAACUGCCGCAGUACUGCAAUUGAAGGCUUGACCGAUGAAUUCACAGCAUUGGAGAAACUCAGUUUGAUCAAUGUUGGACUCACAUCCCUCAAGAACUUUCCCAAAUUGCCAAGCCUUAAAAAGUUAGAAUUAUCUGAUAACAGAAUUUCAAAUGGAUUGAAUCAUUUAUUGACCAGCCCGAAACUAACAUCACUGAAUUUAUCGGGCAACAAGAUUAAGGAUUUCGAUGAGCUCAAACCAUUGGCGAGCAUGGAAAAGUUGGAAGUUCUUGAUUUGUUUAACAAUGAGGUCACAACAGCUGAGAACUACAGAAACAAUGUACUCCAAUUGAUACCGUCACUAAAAUUUUUAGACGGUUUUGAUAAGGAUGAUAAUGAAGGUCCAUCAGAUGACGAUGACGAGAUCAAUGGAAAUGAAUCGGAAGACGAUGUUCCCGAUGCUUUUUGUGUGAAUGGUAUUGAGAUUGAUUUGAAGGAGCUUGAAGAAUUGGAGCAGCGUGUAGCAGCAAAAAAGUUGGCUUUAGCUUCCAGCGAAGCUUCGACUUCGUCCGAUUGUGAUAAGUUAGAAAAAGAGUUUGAAAAGUCUUUAAAAAUCAGUGAUAAGAAGCAAGAAGAAACUCUUCAAACAUCAUCUCACCAGCCAUCACUUGCGAGCAUCUUCCUUGUUAUUAUGAGCAUAUUUUCUAUUCUCAAUCAAAUUCAUUACAAGCCAAUGGCACAAAAAGACGAAGAUGGAGUCGAAGAGGAAGAGUUUGAGGAAGAUGACGAUGAUGAAGAAGAUGAUGAGCCAGGAUUGAAAGAUGUGUACAAUGAAGAUCUCGAAGAAGAUAAUUCCGAUUGGAAUGAAGCUGGAGAAGAUGAGGAUGAAGACGACAUCGAUUCAGAUGAAGAUGCUGAUGAAACAGCUGAGAAAGUGGGCGCUGCUGGUGAUGGUGAUGAUGGUGAAGCUGAAUCUCCAGCUCGAGGCAAGAAACGAAAACAUGAAGGCGAAUAAACAUAACAAAAAACUGAGUACACAUCUUCCGGAAAAGCUAUCCUCAACAAGAACAUCUUCAACAACAACAUAAAUAUAAAACCACUCAUACCCGACAUAAAACAAACAAAAACUUUUGCACCUCGAUAAAGAUUUUUAAGAAAGAAAAAAGAAGUUACAAAUAUUUGCUGAUCUUCUAUAUUGAUUACAUAAACUUUUAAUUUGUGUAAAAAUAGCGCUUAAGAAGAGAUCAUCAAAAAUAACAAAAGAGAAAAGUUAAUUAAUCAAAAUGAAGAAAAUCAAUUUUUUUGUAGUUUCUAAUUCUUAUCACCGAAACAAACAAAAAUUAAGAAAACUUUUUCAAACGCUAAAUGAUGUUUUCCUUCUUUUUAUUUUCACAAGAAAUUGAACGAAAUGAAAAUUGCAACGUUGAAAAUUGCAGAAACGAUUUUGUGUUGUCGUUUUCAGUGCUUCAAUUUUCUGUUUUAAUUAAUUCAUCAUGGAAAAUUAUCGUCUAGCGAUAGAAAAAGAAAAUCGGAUGAUUAUGAACGAAAUUAAGAAGAGAAAAGUUUUUCACUCAAAGAAAUUAAAGAAAAACAAGAAAAAAUGAUUGAAAAUGGAAAAAAAAGUCAACAAAUUUGAAAACAAUAAAAGAAAUGUUUUAAAGAAAUACUUAGUAGUUUAUUUUAAAUCGAGUUGUUUUGAUUUUAUUUAACAGAAAACUUCAACAGAAGCUUUUAAAAUAAGUUUGAGUACAACAACAGGAUUUGACAACAUUUCUCUGUUAAAGAUCACGCAUUAAUUUCUUCUCGCUGAAUGAUUUAAAUGAAUGAAGUUAAUUUUAAAGG